UGGUUUGUAUGCCUCCUUUUGGACCCAAAAACUUUUACUUGGUCUCCAAUUUCCUUUGAUCACAUUUGGCGUUUAUCUCAAAAGUAACGAAACGUGUGAGUUUAACCCAAGCCGCUAUUUCCAAUCUUCGAUUAAUGUAAAAAGUUGUCAAAUUUCUUUAAUUUACCCACUAAUCUCUAUUAUAAUUUUGUAGCGUUACAAUGUUUAUUUUCUACACAGUAAAAAUGACAAAUGAAUAUCUAGUAAAAGCGAGGAGAAAACUUUUUUUUUUUUAAGUAAUAGAGGAUGUAGAGGAGAGAAGUGCCAAUUUUGGACUUUUUGGGUAAAGUUUGGGUACUUUACGUAAAUAAAAACAAAUAUGGGACAGAAAUCAAAUCCCGUAAGAUUCGGGUUUGUCUAUUCUCGAAAGUGAAGUGAAGUGAAGUGUGCGUCUAGCGUCUUGACUCGCUUGUUCUUCCACAAAACCCAUCUUCAGUAGUCUUCAGUUUCUUUUCUCCGCCACCACACAAACAUAUUCUUUCUUCUUUCUUCUUCUCAUUCUUCUUCGUAAUUUCGUAUUUUCAUACUCUCUAUAUUUAUACAAACAUUUCAUUCGACCUUUCUCUAUUCUAUUCAUUGUCCCCCAAUACUUUCUCCAAAAUAUUGUAUUUUUUCUUCUCAUUCCCCAAUAAUUCUUCUUCUCGGUUCCUAAAUUUGAUUUACAUUUAUCGAUUAGUAUUAAAUUUAUAGUAGAGAAGUUUAAAUGGCACGUGCGUAUGAUCCUCUCUUCAUUACAUCCGACAACUCCCCCAUCGAUGUCCCCUCUCCUUCUUCUUCUUCGAUGACAUUAACCAAAGACGAGCUCAAACGAAUCGCCGCUUACAAAGCCGUCGACUUCGUCAAAUCCAACAUGGUCCUCGGCCUCGGCACCGGCUCCACCGCCAAACACGCCGUCGACCGCAUCGGCGAGCUUCUCCGGCAAGGCAAACUCGAGAACAUCGUCGGGAUACCCACGUCCAAGAAGACGCAGGAGCAUGCUCUCUCUCUCAACAUCCCUCUCUCCGACCUCGACGCGCAUCCCGUCGUCGACCUCUCCAUAGACGGCGCCGACGAGGUCGACCCUCGUCUCAACCUCGUGAAAGGCCGCGGAGGGUCUCUCCUCCGGGAGAAGAUGAUCGAAGGAGCUUCCAAGAAGUUCGUGGUGAUCGUCGACGAGUCGAAGAUGGUGAAGCAUAUCGGUGGAAGCAAGAUGGCUCUUCCGGUGGAGAUUGUUCCUUUCUGCUGGAAGUUCACGGCGGAGAGGCUAAGGAGAGUGAUGGAGGGGUACGGGUGCGAGGCGAAGCUAAGGUUGGGAGGAGAGAAGGGGGAGGCUUUUGUGACGGACAAUGGGAAUUAUAUUGUGGAUAUGUAUUUGGAGAAGGAUAUGGGAGAUUUGAGUGUGGUGAGUGAUGACAUUCUGAGGCUACCUGGGGUCGUGGAGCAUGGGAUGUUUCUUGAUAUGGCUUCUACUGUUAUCAUUGCAGGUGAGCUUGGUGUCAAGAUCAAGAACAAACACAGCUCUUGUUGAUUUUCUUGUUUUUUUGGUGGGUAUUAGGAGAAAGAGAGGAUUAUUAUGCUUUGUAAUGGAAGAAGAGGAAACUGAUCUUAUAAUGAUAGGUUUUGGGAUGAUGUCUUUCACAGAGUUUUGGAUCCUUUUUUUUUUUUUAGGUUAUAUAAACUGCAUUUUUGUUUCAUUGUCUGUCUAAGUAAUGUGCCAAUACAUUCUUAUGUGUUGGGCUUUGCUUCUGUUAAAUACCUUAACGAUAUAGAUAGACUACUAUAAUCUUAUGAAUUUUAUUGGGCUUUUGUUUAUGUAUUCGCCAUCGUCGAAAUGGGAUAAGAUUAGGAGAAUAAUUGAUGUAAUCAUCAACGCGAAAGAUUGUGAUUGGGUGUGCAUUAUUUCAACGUUAA